GAUUUUUAACCACGGUGCUGUUUACUUUUUAGCAUGACGCUGUGGCUGGUUGUCAUGCUGACGCUCUGGGCAUAAGCAAUGGUGUGAGCAGAACGCCGGGCGACUUCCGGUACAGCAUCAUGUUUAGUCGGUGGAGAGUAUUUAAGGUUCCCUGCAUACAUAGCGGGGAUUACACAGAGAAAAUGCCCAAAGUUAAGAGAAGCAGGAAGCCUCCCCCAGACGGCUGGGAGCUGAUAGAGCCCACACUAGAUGAGCUGGAUCAGAAAAUGCGUGAAGCGGAAACUGAGCCUCAUGAAGGGAAAAGGAAAGUGGAGUCACUGUGGCCGAUCUUUCGAAUUCAUCACCAGAAAACGCGCUAUAUCUUUGACCUAUUCUACAAGAGGAAGGCGAUCAGCAGAGAGCUGUACGAUUACUGCAUUCGGGAGGGGUACGCUGACAAGAACCUUAUAGCCAAGUGGAAGAAGCAGGGCUAUGAGAACCUGUGCUGCCUGCGCUGUAUACAGACCAGAGACACCAACUUUGGCACUAACUGCAUUUGCCGGGUGCCUAAGAGUAAGCUGGAAGUGGGGCGGAUCAUUGAAUGCACGCACUGCGGUUGCCGAGGCUGCUCUGGUUAAUUUGACGGCUUCCGAUCUGCUGGAUGUAAACUUGCUGUACAAACUCUUCUCCAAUGGUUGAAUAUGUCUGAUUCUUUCCUUGUGAUCCGUCAUUUUAACUCAGAAUAUUGUUUUUUAUUUUAUAUUGUGUGAAAUAAACUUGUUUUCCCAGUGA